AGGUGCCGAGCUCAAGGACAACACGCCUCUAUGAUGAGGGACCCUUAUUACUGAUUAUUACAACGAUCAUACAACCCUCUAAGCUUGGGCUCCUUGUGUUAAGCAACUAACCAUGGGGUAAGAAGUCGCAAUCCGUCUCCCAGUGAGUACUAGUAGUACUAGUCGUAGUAAGUAGGCUCUCUCUCUCCUUUUUGACGGGUGAUCGCUCUAAAUGUCAAUCGGUUUUCUCCCGAUCACCCACCCCGUCUUUUGUCGGUCCACUUCCAGUCAAGCGAUGGAAUAAUAGCGUCGUUUCUCACCGUAAGGGCUGGCUGUCGAUUGCUCACCUCCCGCUUGCCGCCAGUCUUAUUAUCAGUCCCACUUUGGCAAAUGGAGGAUGAUGGUAUCGACUCUCUAACUGUGUAUGGUCCCGUGUGCUGUGCAUGUAUGUACGUAUGUACUAUGUAUGUGUGUAUGUGGGCUUUGAUUUUAUUUCCUUCCCCCCAAUUUUACGCUGUGCUUUCUUUUUUACCUGUUCCUUUAUUUUUUUGCUUGCUCCGCUCUCCCAUCAACUUCUCCCAGCGAUCUUCUUCUCGUCGCUCACUAAUUACCCACUUCGCCAACCCCUCUUUUUCGCCCUCUCUUCUCGUUGCUUUUCAUUUUUCUUAUCUUUGUUUGGCUAAUCAGUAUUAUGCCCACUGCUCCGAUUUUCCGCUCCUCCAUAUCAGAUCACCAAGCCCUCAAACCUGUCUUACUUACUGUACACUCUUUGAUUUCUUGGCUCGACUUGCCGAUGUGUAUUCCUCCCUGAUCUUGCACGAUUCACCGCUUCUUACCAUUAAGCAGCCCCCAAACAAGGCACCCCCGUUUUUAUUGCUAGCUAAUCAUCUAUUGUAGUCCAACUGACUGCUAAAGUACAACCUUCCCUAUAUUUGAUGUUGUUCAGCUUCCUGAUUUGUAAUACCACGGUAGCUUGUGCUGUUGGAUGUUGUCAUGAUUAGCGUAGUUCUUUGUUUGUCCAACAUCAACUACC